AUGCCAUUUCUAGUGAUUUUGGUGUUAUCCGUACAUCAUCGUACUGAAGAGAGGCGCGUUAUUCGAGAAACAUGGGGCCGUGUUGCUCACGGGCAAUCAUGGCCGGGGAAGACUAUCCCUGAAAAAAUAAAAAUUGUGUUUCUGUUUGGUUUACCUCAGGUUCAAAUUAAGUAUAAUACUGAAUUGGUGAAAAGGGAAUCCGAGGUACACCGUGAUAUAGUAAUGUUUGAAUUUAGCGAAACCUAUUUUAAUUUAACUCUUAAAGUGUUAAUGGGAUUUAAAUGGAUUAAGGAAUUGUGUCCAACAACUCAAUUCGUUAUGAAAGCCGAUGAAGACAUUUUCGUGGACGUUCCACAACUCGUUGCACGACUACAUACGCCAGAAUGGACAAACAAAAUCUCCGGACUCCUAUUCACAAUUGAUAAAACUCAUCGCAAAGGAAAAUAUCGCGUUUCAGAAUCCUUGUAUCCAUUUCAGUAUUAUCCACCUCAUGUGAAGGGCAACAUCUACGUUAUGCCAACGGACAUUGCCAUGAAACUUUUAAACAUUUCGGAAUACAUGCCUUAUUUGAACAUGGAAGACGUACACAUUACCGGAAUACUCGCUAUUGCUGCGAAAGUUAACAAAUAUCAAAGACUGUUGAAUGAAGAAUUCAGUCCUAUGGGUUUGAUACGAAGUUGUGACUUCAGUCGGCGAAAUAUGAUUGCUGCUGCCUUUAUCAGACCUCAACAGGCUCGGGAUAUAUGGACUUCCAUUGUUAAUCCCAAAAUAUGUAAUCCUGGUUGA